CCACCGAAAUCCUCGUCGACACUAUGCAACGUCUCGGAAUCGAAACUUUGGUGCACGUUGGUGAUGCGUACUCUGCGUUACCCAUAGAGGACAACUAUGGACUAGGAGAACUGAACUUUGCUGUUUGUGGUAUACUACCAAUCUGGUUUUUUCAAGCGAUUAUCCGCGCAACUAUCUUCUCGGCGACUAUGGAGAGUCACGAACUAGAGCUGAAAUGUAUGCAAGAACAGCUUGUAAAAAAGAUAUUAUGUUUGGAAGGGUCCAUGUGUCUGUUACGUGCUAGAGCCGUACUAGCGUUGUGUCAAGUGCACUACCGCAUGCUGGCAGACUUACGGAAGCCAAAUGAUUCCUUCAAUGCAGUAUUUCUCCGGCCAGUACAUAUUCAUGGUGAACAAGGUUCCAGUUCAUGGUUUAAACUCAAAGAAAUGACCGAACAAGGAAAUAUACCGUAUGUAGAAGGAGAACGCCGUGGUAUGCAUCAAUUUAUUUAUGCUGGAAAUUUGGCUGCUAUAGUGGAUCGUUGUCUCAGCAGAUUAUCAGCUGAUCCUAAGUCGUUGAAUGGUGAACUCGUUUACUGCGUGGACGACACUAAUGUGAUCCCAUUUAGAGAGGUGAAAGAAUAUUAGCU